UUUAGCCUCGACUUCGACUUCGGCUUUAACUUCGGGCGCAGUACACGAAUGCCGAACGCAUUCUCGCUACGCAACAACAGCGUCUGUCAGCGUCGUGUCAGUCGGGUUUCGGUCGUCAAACCAAGCAGAGGUGCGACAGCGACAGCGGAGAACUAACGCCAAGCUACACACACAGACAGUAGAGAAGACAGACAGAAGCGAAAGAGGCAGAGGAAGAAGAGCAGCAGCCGCACCAGGUUGAGGUUGAGUUCCAGCUUCAGUUACAGUUACAGUUUCAGUUUGUCAGCAAGCCGCAGAAUCCAUCCAAAAAAAUAGAGGAAGCAAGCGAAUAACAAAUCAAAGUGAAAUAAGUGUGGAACUGUCAGCUUGCUGGGUCAUUAGCUAUUGCCAUUUGCCAUUUGAUUGACGGGCAUCACCAACGCAAGAGAGUGGGCAAGAGAUAGAGAGAGAGGGAGAGACACAACUACUUGUCUAACUUUGUGUUCUCCGCGUGCCGGACGCAACGCAGCCUAGGAAAGUAGGCAACGAAUAAUUGAAAAGGCAAAAAACCAAAAAAAAGCCAAUACGAAUCGAAAUUGGAAAUCUAAUUAGCGACAGACGAGGUCAGAUCCCGGCUCCUUCAAUCAUCAUCAGUAUUGACAGCAGCAGAAGUAGCAGCAGCUCUGUGCGAAAUCAAACGACAACAACAACGAGAAUAACAAGUGUAACGACAACAACAACAAGAACAACAACUGCUAGAAAUUGAGCUGAAAAGGCGUUGCUCGCACCUCCAACAAAAACCGAAUCCGGAUCCGACAUCCGACAACCGAAAGCGAAAGCGACGUCAACACCAGCAAACACUUUCGCGCGCCAGUGUGUGCGAGUGUGUGUUUGUGUGCUCUCGUCUGUGCGCGCGUGUAUGCGUAUAUAUGUGUGUGUGUGUGUGCUGUAACUUCGAACAGUGAUAACGGAACACGCGCGUUUUUUCUGCUUUGCUGCUGGAAGAAGACAGCGACACUUUUCUUCCGAUUGCGAUUUCGAUUCUGUAUUUUGUCUGUGCUGACAUCACUUCACUGUCAUAACUAAUCAAAGGAGGAGAAGGAGCAGGACGUUAAUGAACUAAAUAUAUGCGAGCAUCUUCAACUUCAACUUCUUCUACCACUUUCAUUUUCCACUUUCACUUGGACUCGGUACAGGCUCUCAACCUCAGCUAUUGAUCAAUUAAACGACUAACCAAGCUGCCAAAAGGACUACGCCACAAAUAUGUUCUCCAUGUGCUCAAAGGUGAAGCCAAGGAGUGAAGAGUUCAGCUCGACGCCAUCGCAGCAGCAACAAUUGCAGUUGCAGCAGCAGCCCUCGGGCACGGGAGGGAAGCAAAUCAAAGGCGGCUACCUGCUGCGCUAUAAAAAGCACAUGCUGUGGAAUCGAUGGGCCGAGGAGUGGGUCAUACUCUACGAUGACUCGACCAUGGCGUGGUUCACGGAGCCAGGACGCUCCUCGCCCUCGGGCAAGAUACUCGUCAAGGAGGCGCCCGAGAUGCUGGCCAUUGCCCAUUGGACUGGCCAGAUACCGCGUCGUCCUCCACUGCCCGAUGGCGUGAGUGUCUCACAGCUGAUUGCGCUGGGCUCGCGACGCAAACGUUCCAAGGUUUACUGGAUGCUGGCUAAGUCGGAGCAGGAGGUGAGCGACUGGAUCGAUGCCAUAACCAAAACUCUGCCACCGCCGCCACAAAUCGAACUGGUGGUGGACAAGCCGCAUCUGAUGAACGUGCUGCGGCGUCCACUUGUGCGCAUAAGACCGGCCACCAACUCGGAGGUGAAGCAGCGCAAGAGUUCCAGCAACAGGCACCAUCGCAACACCUCAACAUCGCAUUCGACGGCGACAUCGACAUCAACGUCGACGGCCUUGACCACUCAGCGCAUCAUGUACAACCAGAAUCCUUUAGUCAAGAGCGAUGCGGCUGUGGCGAUUCUGAGCAAGAAGCCGGACUCGAAGGCCUCGCUGGCCUGUGCUCUGCCCUGGGGCCAUGGCUGGGGCUGGGCCACACUGCCCAACGGAGUGUGGAGCGGCGGCCUCACCUGGUCGCAGUGCGAAGACACCUUCACGCUCCACGCACUGCCCACCACCCACUGCACCAAUCUGAUCGACACCUCGUGCAGCGGCGCCGUCUAUCACACUGACAUCGGUGGCUUCGAUUUCCACUCGACGGGCGUGGACGAUCUCGGCGGCGAGGACUUUGACUAUGCCAUGGACUGUGGCGAUUUCAUAUUUUAAGCGCAUGCCGUCAACAACUUUCCCACACAUUCGACAGAUCAAACCCACCCAAAAAGGAAGGAGAAAGAAGAAGACGAUGUAGAGAAUCAGGAGGUAAUCGCAUUCGUAGUAUAAAGUGUGCUUCAAUUGUCCCUUUGUGUUAGGCGUUGCAAUUAGCAUAGACAAGGAUAGAAUAGCCAAAACAACAUGUUCACACACUGCGUAUACGCAAUUUAUCGUUGGCAGUUGCGAUGCCCCAAAAAGUAGGCAACAGUUUUGACAUGAAUCGUAAUCGAAGCGAAGCAGGAAAUGAGAAAUGAGAAAGGAGAGACGAGGAACAAGAAACGAGAUACCGAAGCUGAAGCCGAAGCCGAAACCGAAACCCGAGACACGAAACGAUACUUGUAUGUAACCUUAAGCAUCUUUUUAUGAAUUUUAUAAAGGAUUCCCAACAAUUUUCGAUGCCGCUGUGACCGCGAUCGCAAUUGUGUUAUGUACGCUUUUAGUGUGCAAUUUUUAAAUGGAACAUUUUUACAGCGCAGCUAAUUAAGUCAAAUUGAUACUCGUAAAUGUUAUUCGUAAGUGUGUGUGUAGAACAUGCUGGAUAUGUUCACGUACAGCAUUUUUAUAGUUUAGUAUAUAGUGGCGAUAAGUUUUGCUAUUGAAUGUAAUGUAAUGGCCCAAAACAAGCAAGAGGAAAACCAGGUUAAAAACACGUUUACACACAACAACACAAACACAAACACAAAUACAUACAUGAGCAUGAGAAGGGAGAAGCGAUUAAUUGUAAAAGAAUCCCAAUCGAAUCGAGUUUGAUAAACCCCAAGCACACAUAAAGCCAGAAGAGUUUCUAGAAACUGAAAUACACAAAGCCCACCCACGUACUGAUAAAGUAAAGUUUAUGAAAUAAACUAGUUUAUUUAACCAAAACCAAAACGAAAACGAAAACAAAAAUGAAAACGUUUAAUAGUUACAUAAGGCAAAGAACAUAAGAAACCAAAGCAGACAUUAAAUCAAUUUGAUGUAUUUAACAUAAAUAUGUAUACUCUUUAAGUAUAUAUAUUUAUAUAUAUUAUAUUACGAUAUGUAUAAGAACCCAUGCAUCAUCAGAUAUCCACCGUUAAUCACACAGAAUAACCGCACAGAAUAAGAUCGAGCACUUGGCAUGAUUGCACCUGAUACUUGAAACUCUUUCUUGGCCCUUUUGUAUUGUACUUAAUUUCAAUAUUAUCAUCAAAGCAUCAAAGUAUCAGAUGUCCUCAUGUCAAAGGCGGAUGCUUAUUGAAACGUCCAUUGCCACGUGUCCAUUAAAUAUGUAUACAAUUUGUUAAAACGAAAAGAAAAAGAUCUUUUCAAAUUUACAUUUGAAUUUGAAUUUAGGAAAAUUUGAAAACUCUUGUGCACUGCGAGUGCCAAGAGGAAAAACGCCGCUACGGAAACCUUACACAAAAACAAAAACAAAAUAAGAAAAGAAAAAACAUUUAGAAAUUAAAUGUAUAGAUUAAGUGAAAAGUGUCUUCAAAUGGCAAGGGACACGGUUAAGAUUGUUGAGAAACCCAAAGAUAUUAAAACGAAAACAAUUUGUGUAUUAUUUAAGAAUGUGCUGGUUUUCACAAUGUUGCAAACUUAGUCGAAUAAUAGAAAUACGUAUAAUUAUAAAUAUACGAAGCAUAAAGCAUAAAGACAUACGGGUAACAAGUAAAAUCUUGCCUAAAUAAACAGUAUGCCCCUAAAAUGUAGAAUCCAUAGGUGUGUACUAUAUACAUAUAUGAAUAUUAGUUGUAGGUAAUGCCAAGAACAUGCAUGUAUAGUUAACUAUAUUUAUAUACAACCAUUUGAGAGCGAAGAAACGCCUAGACGUAAACCAAAGCAAACAAAACCAAAUCUAAACGAAUCGAAUAGCGUCAAUACUCAAAUUGAUAUUUGAUGGAAACAAAGCAAAAGUUAAACGUGAGCCCUUGCAGCCUUAGUUGAAUCGUAUGUACGUUGAAUACUCACUCUUCCCCCCCCUCCCCGCAAAAGGAGAGGGAAGCAUUAAGAGCAUAUAUGAAUAAUCGUAAUGAUAGUACUAUUAAAUGUGUUGAAUGCAUUGAGAGAAGAAAAAGAAAGCGAGAAAACCCCCUUCCCCCCACCCCCCAAGAAACCCCUUGAAAAAAUAAUGUAGACUAAAAGACUUAAGCAAUUGUCGUAUAGACGUUAAAUUAGAGCGCAUUGAAUGUUGGCUUAAAAAUGUUUAGAAAUGAAUCUUUAUAAGUAGUUAAAAGUAGCAACAGCAGCUGUCAGCCGUCGUGUUUAUAAGCAGGAGUACGAGUUUAUCGACUGCUUGUACUAUUAUCCUGUAGUCUGAUGUAUGUAUAACCCCAAAUAAUCGAUAUGUAAAUGGAUGUAAUUAAAUGUUAGAGAAGCUACGCAAGCUGAAGCCAAAGUGAAGUGUUGAACAGCAAAGAAAGAAAGAAGCCAAACAAAUAUUGAGUGUUUUCCUUAGUGUGUAAACUUGAAUAAACAAACCGAAACCAAAACCAAAACAAAAACAAAACCAAAAACCGACCUCGACAAUCACGGAUAUAAAGAAUGAAGUAAAUCAUAAUAAUCAUAAUACAAAUUGAAAAGGCGUUGCGUCGAAUUGCGUUUGGUUAGUAAUCGAAAUCGAAAUCGAAAUCGAAACCGUAAUCGUCUGUGUAUUCGUAACAGUAACAGUAAUCGUAAUAGUCAUAGUUAUCGAUAUCGAUAGUGAAAUCGGAAUCGGAAUGAGAGCAGGAGUUGAACUAGGAAUUAAGGCAUUGUUGAAGGAGCCGCAAAUACCGCACAAAGCAAGCAAAUUCACAUUAAAGAGACUAUCAACCCAUUAGCAAAGUGCUCAAGAUCUCUCUAGGCACUUUAGUUCUUCGAUCCUACGUUUUAUAAUCUGAUCAGCGUUUAUACGAAAUAGAUUUGUAACAGUUCGAUCUAUGGCUUAUCUUUAAUUUCAACACUUACUCGAAUUACAGCAGACAAUGCAAAUUAACAUAGUUCCUUCCCUCCGUAUAUGGUACCAUAGGUAUUUGGAAUAGGAUUAGUCUCCCGAUAUUGUAGACAAAUGUGUGGAUCCAGCAAGAGAGAACGAGCGCAAAAAGAAGAAAGAAAAAGAGAGAGAGAGAGUGCGAAGCAGUUUCAAGUGUUGCAUUACGUAUACGACGCCUUGGCCAGCCACCGAUUCGCCAUUCGCGAUUCGAAUAGUACCUAGCACCUAGAGUAAUAAGUAUUGUAAUUGUUGUUUACACGUAUUGCCAGCUUUCAUCUAUCAUUGUCAUUGUCACUGUCGCUGUUGCUCUCAUAGUCAUUAAAUGUAACUGAAUUCGUAAGUGUGUGUUUCUAAAGGCUUCGAAUGCAUGGAUGUAUGUGUAUUUGUAUUCGUAUUUGUAUUUGUAUUCGUAUUCGUAUCCGUAUUCAUAUUCGUAUUUGUAUUGAAUGUAAUUGUAAUCAUAUUCGUGUUCGUGUAAUAUUUGUAAUUCAUUUUUGCCAAAAUACGAAAACAGCAUCUAGCUGAGAAUUAACAAUGAUAAUGUAGAACAAUUGACCCAACUCACAUUAGCAUUCAACAACAAUAAAUCAGUCGACUUUCAAUCCACAUUUGGGCAUUACUCAAGUGAAUUUACAAUACCUAUUAAAGGGAAAGAUGAGCCUGAGUUCGGCAAGCCGAAUUACGAAUAUACUUUCGAGUAUGUUCUACAAGCUUAAUUCUGACUAAUUGAGUAACUCCUCCGAUCCGAUUAGAAUAUUGUUUAUCUCCAUCUCUCUGAUGCAAUUAACUAAACUAUGUGAACACAAAUGUCUAUAUUGUUAACCAUAUACAUAACAUAACUCACAUAACUUACAAUUGAAUGUAAUACAAAUAAAAAUGGCAGACGAACGAAACGAAAAAUACGUGUAUUAUGGCAUGAUGAGAGCACAACAAAUAAAUAAUUAAUGUGUGUGUGUAUGUUAUUUGAUGUGUGCCACGAACGAAAAUGUUGAAAGCAAAACAUGAUAAUAAUUCGCUCAAAUUUUAAACAAACUAAAAACUAUGAAAACGAAAACAAAAACGCAACGCAAACGCAAAGCGCGCACUUAUUAGGUUUCAAAACCGCAGUAAAGCUAAACAAAUGAAAAGCAAUGAAUAAUCAUGAUUAUAAACAAACGAUGAGUAAAGAAGCGCUGCGAAUAAAUGGCCAGUCAAAUAAUAGUUAAGGCAACAUCGGAACACCGAAGCUUCAAUACCCUUCCAGAAGUGUCUAUGAAUUAAUUGUAUCAAAAAAUCAAUGUUUUCGCUAAUGCAAUGCAAUAACUUUAGUUUUAUUAAUGAGUAAAUGUUCAAUGUUCACUAAAAAAAAAGAACUGUACUCUGCUGGGGUUAGGGUAUUGUGCAUUCAUGCUAAAUAUGAUUAAUUGUGGAUGAGGCGCAAGUAAAGUGAGAAGCAAAAAAAAAAAAAAACACUCCACUCCGUUCACGAUGUAUUAAGCAUUCGAUCAUACAUGAAUACAUACGAGUAUGAGUAGGAAUAUGAGUAUGAGUAUGAGUACGAAAAACGAGUGAGUUUGACUCAAUGAGAGUUGAAGCCGUAACCAAAAAGAAAAGCCAACAUCUGCUAGCGUUGAUAAAUAAAUGCAAUAUUUAUAAAGAACACAAAGAAAAUUAUAAAAUGAGCAAAAACCCGAAAAGAUUAACAGCAAACAAUAACAAUAUAUCUGCAACUGAGCGAUAAAUACAUGUUUUUGUGGAACGAAGCACGCAAACUUUGUUUUAUUUCAUAAACUGAGCCACGCCCCCUCGCUCCCUUGCCACACGCCAUCGUCAUCGUCAUCGUCAUUGUCAUCGUCAUCGACAGAUCAGUGCAUUGGCAAUGAGAGCGAGCAAGUGAGAGAGAGGGAGAGAGAGAGAGAGAGAGAGAGAGAGCACCAGCUUCGUCUCUGCUCUCAACUUGUUCGACUUUCGUUGUCGCUGUCGCUGACGCUGAC